GUAGCACAAAUGGUCCUACAGAAACCAAUCGCUGUAUUCAAAACCCUACCAAACCCUUCUCUCUCUCUCUCUCUCUCUCCAAUGGCUUCUUCGGUGAACAACAUCGCAGCCACAUUCGCAACGGUCCCAAUAACAUCGUCUUCAUCAUCACCUUCAUCAACCAAUUAUUCAUCGAAUCAGACGGCCUUCGCUCAUCCAAUCUCACCCAAACCCAUCUCCAUUUCAUGGAACCCCCACUCCUCCCUUCCUUCCUCCCACAAAUCCUCCCUCCUUCACCUCUACGGCCCCCCCGGCCCCCCUCCACCACUCUCCGCCGCCCAUCGCCGCCGCCGCAAAAUCAACCACCACCACCUCCCUCCUCCCACUUAUCUCCUCCCAAAUCUAACCUUCUCUUUCUUGGAUCGAAACCACAAGCUUCAAACCACGAAUCUCUCCAUCCUUUCCAAAUCGAAGAGGCUCCUUCUCGUCGGAGUCUCGGCCGCGUUCUCGCCGAUCUGCGCGCGGUUCGUCAAAAGCGUAGUCGACUCGGCAAAGUCGAAGCUGGCGGAUUUGAUCGCGUGCGUCGCGGUCAACAACGUGUUCGUCAUGAAAGCCUGGGGUGAAGAUCUGGCCGUUGGUGAGAACGUGAUGAUGUUGUCUGAUGGGGCCGGGGAUUUAGCAAGGGCCCUUCGAGUGCCGUUGGAUUCGAGUGGUGGGGACUGUUUGGGGUUAGGUGUACGGUCAAGGAGGUUUUGGUUGUCUGCUUUGAACGGCGUGGUUACUAGCCUGAGCGUGGACUCUAGUGAUGGUGAUGACGUCGUAUCUCCUGAAAUGAACGGUGAUGUGAGAAUUUUAUGUUGACGUGGCAGUAAUAAAUUGGUGUGUGUCAGUUUUGCCCCCACAGUCUGGUACGAGCAUUAUUUUAGUAUGACUUUAAGAAAGGUUGAGUGCAAUGCAAGUUGGGUGGGGCUAAUUUUGUAAUUUGAACUAUAAUAUCCAAUUGGGUAUUUUAGAAAUUCUAUUUACAUAUAUUGAAAUUUUAAUUAUA